CACGCAUUUUUAUGAUUAUGUUCACAAUAGCAACCAUAGCGACAACUGUGUUACUAUUCGCUGCUGCCAUCCUCAUUCAAUCUUCUCGUUAUCACUUCAUUCCCAUUCCUGAUCCUGCAUUUCGCACUUUACAUCUUGGAUCUCAUUCUUUGAGAGUGAAGAGAACUCGCACCUGUGAUGACUCAGACAAUCAGUGCCGCAUCUGAAGAGGAAGCAAAUCCACUCGUGCUUUGGCUAAAUGGAGGUCCAGGCUGCUCAUCGUUGGCCAGUGCUUUAACAGAAAUAGGGCCGUGUGUUGUAAGCUCGCUUCACGAUGGAAUGGAAGCCAACCCAUUUAGCUGGAACGCCAAUGCAAAUAUAGUGUUUCUCGAUCAGCCUGCCAAUACAGGAUAUAGCUAUGGUAGCUAUAGCGUCAAAAACUCAAAAGCGGCUGCCCGUGAUAUCUUUAUGUUUUUACAGCUCUUUUUAAAGGCAUUCCCACAGCUGUCCACAACUCAGCUGCAUAUUGCUGGAGAAUCUUUUGCUGGGCACUACAUUCCUGCGGUAGCUGCAGAAAUAUUGACCCAAAACAAAGUCUAUCAUUUCACGCACAUAAAGCUACAAUCGCUAAUGAUCGGCAACGGCUGGGUUGAUCCUCGUAUUCAGCUAAGAUACUAUGAGCCUUAUGGCUGUGCUAAUGACAGUCGAUACAAACCAAUCUUUGACGAAGCCACAUGCCAAAAGAUGCGAAAUGUGCUCCCUACUUGUCAGAAACUGAUGAAUGCGUGCUACAAAUAUCAGAAUAGUAUAACAUGUGUGCCUGCCGCGGUCUACUGCCAAAAAACACAACUCGGACCCUAUGAUAGUACCGACCGCAAUGAUUUCGAUAUUAGGCUCAAGUGUCAACGGGAAAGUGAACUGUGCUACAAUAUCACUGACAGCGUCAAUGUCUGGGCGAACAAGCUUAAAACAAGACAAGAACUAGGAGUAGAUCCAAGCAAAGGCGUUUUUACGACCUGCAAUGACAAGAUCGCUUAUCGCUUUGCAUUGUCCGGCGACAUGAUUAUCAGUUAUGCCCCGCAAGUAAUUGAAGCCUUAGAAAGUGGGGUUCGCGUGUUGGUGUAUGCUGGCGACAUGGACUGGACUUGCAACUGGUACGGUAGUCUCGCGUGGACAAUCGCACUUGAAUGGUCAGGGCAACACGGAUAUGGCGAAGCUGCAGAUCUAAAGUGGUAUAGCUCCACUACGGGUAAACUCGCUGGGCAGUCGCGCGUGUACAAGAACCUAAUGUUUUUAAAAGUAAACAAUGCCGGGCACUGGGUCCCUUAUGAUCAACCGGAACAUGCUAUGGAAUUAUUUAAUACAUGGCUGAAUAAUCGCACACUUGUAUAGAGUUAUCGUCAAUAUUCACCGCUCAUGAAAAAAAAUGCAUCGUGAUCAAUUUUUUUCACACUACCGUAAAAUACCGGCUUGAUAAAGGAUUAUGCCAUAAAAGGGCGAGUUUUCGUAUACAAUAUU